CUUGCAUCGUGUCGCGCGUCUUGCGUUGGGGUGGGGCGUGCACCCCUCGUGUUCACUACAAAGUGAAGUAUAUGUACCGCGCUCUCAGUCCCGCCCUCCGAAUACCGACUACGAGCUACGAGCCAGGACCUACCGCCCUCUGCUUGGACGGCUUGAAGCCUUGGAUCCAGCGUUUCUGAUACCUCGUCGUGUGAUUCCCAUCCCAUCCCCUAUACCAAGCUCUAGUAGCUCAUCCUCCCCCUCGUCAUCGAUUCCCUCCAACCAAUCAACCAACAAAAAUGUGUCAUAACAUCGUCUACGGCAGACUGCACCAACCCUGCGGGUGCUUCAUCCCCAUGUCCACCGAGAAACACGACUGCAAUUCUCCACGAUGCGUGUUCUCGACUAGCCAUCCGCCGGGGUGUAGGAGCAGGGCCUGUGAGAAUAUGAUGAAUGUUCCUAGGCAGGUGCCUAUUCGGAGGAGCCCAGUAAACUGCCCCGAUUGCGCGCGGGACAAAGGCGAACGAGCACGUCUGAACGCGCUUAAGGAAGCUUGGAGGGCGCAGGGGUCUCCUCCUCAAACACCGGCUGGGGCGGGGGGCGUGUCGACGUGGAGCGGGUGAGUCGCAGGUUCUUGCGCGAGCGUAGGUGGGUCGUAGGUGGGUAGGAGGGGUGUUGAUUGCCGAAGUAGUGGGCGGUUAAUGUGCGUUCCAGGAGCGUGACGGCCCCGCCGGAGGGCUGGAAUUGUAGUUGUAUUGCUUCGGUCUCUUAUACUUGCUUUCUUCACUUUCGCAGUUUCUCGUCUGAGGGUGUACGAUCAUGGUAGGGUAAUUUAAUGAACUGAACUG